AUGACGACACUCGCAAUUGAAACUACAAACUUAACGUACAAGUUUAGUUCUAGUAAUAGAAUAGGAUUAGAUAAUAUAAAUUUGAAAAUCCCGUGGGGUACUACCAACCUUCUUAUUGGACCUAAUGGUGCAGGUAAAUCAACUCUCUUGAAGAUACUUGCAGGGAAAACAUUAAUUAAAGAAGGUUCAUUGAAGAUCGGUGGGUUUGAUCCAUUUCGGUUUGCAAGUGAUAGGAAUGAACAACACAACUCAGAUAUAAAUCAGCUGAUCACAUAUUUGGGAACUGAGUGGGCGGCAAACCCUAUAGUGAAGAGAGAUAUUCCGGUCAGAUUAUUGAUUUCAUCUGUAGGCGGAGAAACCUUCCCUGAGAGAAGAGAUGAGUUAAUUGAAAUCAUGGAUUUAGAUCCGGAUUGGUCAAUGGCUUACAUAUCGGAUGGUGAGAGAAGAAGAGUGCAGUUGGUUAUGGGACUUUUAAAGCCAUGGAAACUUUUACUAUUAGAUGAGGUAACUGUAGAUCUAGAUGUUAUUGUAAGAUCAAAAUUAUUGCAGUUUUUGAGAAAGGAAUGCCAAUUGAGAAGCGCAUGCGUGAUUUAUGCAACACACAUUUUCGAUGGGUUAGGGAAAGAUUGGUGUGAUAGAAUCAUACACUUGAACAGUGGUAGAAAGACUGAUGAUAUCCAAAUAAAUAACCUUGAAUUUGUAGCUAAGACGCAAUCGAAACAAGAAAUUGAACUUUCCGAAGACGGAACUGAAAUCAAAGUCGAAUUGGCUGAGUCUUUGCACCCAUUGGCAUUACAUUGGUUAAGAGAAGACUUAGAAGAAAGAGGAAGUCGCGAAGACGAAAAACUUAAAAUGCAAAAGAGGCAUAACGACUGGAAUAAUUCUAGAGAUGGUAAGUAUUUUAAGGGCGAUGAGAAUAAGAUCAAUGAUUACUUUAAAGCUACAAGAAGCUCCAAAUAG